AUGGAGUAUGAUGACGUUUUGCUCAAUCAGCCCGUCGUCUUCGACAAUGGAUCCGGCACAAUCAAGGCUGGAAUUGCAGGCGAGGAGCAGCCCCGAACAUUUUUCCCAUCAUAUGUUGGUAGACCAAAGCAUUCUCGAAUAAUGGCUGGUGCGCUCGAGGGAGACACAUUCAUUGGGUCGCGCGCUCAAACAAACCGUGGACUGCUUAAACUGCGGUAUCCCAUGGAACACGGAGUCGUGACCGACUGGGAUGACAUGGAACGCAUCUGGGCACACGUCUACACCGACGAACUACGCGUAUUAUCUGAAGAGCACCCGGUACUACUUACAGAAGCUCCACUAAAUCCGCGAGCAAACCGUGAACAAGCUGCUCAGAUAUUUUUCGAAACCUUUAACGUACCAGCUCUUCAUUUGGCAAUUCAGGCCGUGUUGGCUCUCUAUGCAUCGGGUAGGACAUCUGGGCUGGUGCUUGACUCUGGAGAUGGAGUAUCACAUGCAGUUCCUGUGGCUCAAGGAUUUGCUAUUGAAAAUGCAAUUAUGCGCGUAGACGUUGCCGGCCGUGACGUGACGCGACAACUUCAAAUGCUUUUACGACGAGCAGGAGUUGUACUUACUACUUCUGCUGAACGUGAAAUUGUGCGAGAUAUUAAGGAACGUGCAUGUUAUCUGGCAAUUGAUCCACGGCGUGAGGAAAAGGAAUGGGCUGCUUUACGUAUGGAUAGACUUCAUCCAUUAUCAACAUUGACAACUGUUACGGCCACUGCAAAUAUUACCCAGACAGGUACAACAGAUACCCAAGAAGAUCUUGGAACAGGUGGAGGUGAUUCCCAAAUUAAUAGUGCAGGUCCUGGAUCAUCUCAAGCAUUAGCAUCUAAUGUAUAUAGAUUACCUGAUGGUCGUGAGCUUAACCUUGGAGCUGAACGGUUCCGUGCACCAGAGAUUUUGUUUCGCCCAGACUUGAUUGGAUCUGAAGAAAUGGGUGUACAUCAGCUUGUAAGUUCGAGUAUUUCACGUACCGAUCUUGAUUUACGUGGAAUGCUUUAUGGAUCCGUGGUACUUUCAGGUGGAUCAACACUCACCCGUGGGUUUGGAGACCGGUUGCUCUAUGAAUUACGCAGAGAAACGCCACCAGGGACCAAAAUUAAAAUCUAUGCGCCACCAGAACGCAAGUACUCGACAUGGAUUGGUGGGUCCAUUUUGGCUGGUCUCAGUACGUUUAAAAAGUUAUGGGUUAGUGUUGAUGAAUGGCAUGAAAACCCAGAUAUCAUCCAUACAAAGUGCAUGUAA